AUGCAAACCAAGGAGAUGGAUUUAAUUCAAUCAAUCGCCGUGUUCGUUUUACUUUGGGUCGGGGCCGAGGCGGUCAUCAACCUGAAGUAUGGAAUAAACGAGGAGAUGAAGCCCGGGUCAGUGAUUGGAAACGUGACAAAGGACGCGCUAAAGCAAGGAUUUCAGAUUGCACCGCAGCCCCCGUACUUGAGGGUUAUUUCCAAUUCAGAGCCGCGAUGGGUGGAACUGAGUCCAGCCGGAAUCCUUACAACCCAAAUGAAAAUAGACCGGGACGUAGUUUGUCGGCAGAACCCAAAGUGUGUCAUUUCCCUCGAAGUGAUGUCAAACUCUAUGGAGAUCUGUGUCAUCAAAGUUGAAAUUGAGGAUUUGAACGACAACGCGCCCAGAUUCCCGACGAGCCACAUUGACAUUGAGAUUUCUGAGAACGCCUCCCCUGGUACGAGGUUUCCCCUAGAGGGGGCAAGUGAUCCGGACUCGGGGAUCUUUGGAGUGCAAUCAUAUUCCAUCACCCCGAAUGAGCUGUUCGGACUGGAAAUAAAGACCAGAGGGGAUGGGUCCAAAAUCGCAGAGCUUGUCGUGCAGAAAUCAUUAGACAGGGAGACACAGGCACACUACCAGUAUGAGAUCAGCGCAGAAGAUGGAGGAGACCCUCCUAAGAUAGGUGCGGUCCAGUUGAAUAUCAAGGUAAUUGAUUCUAAUGACAACAAUCCUGUUUUUGACGAGUCAGUGUACACUGUUAAUGUGAUGGAGAACUCCCCCAUCAAUACGUUAGUCAUAGACUUGAACGCCACGGAUCCUGACGAGGGCCCUAAUGGAGAGAUUGUGUACACCUUCAACAGUUAUGUCACCGAGAAAACCAGGGACGCGUUUAAAAUUGACCCCAGAACAGGGAUCAUCACUGUUAACGGCAUUUUGGAUUACGAGGCGACGCAGAUCUACGAGAUUGACAUUCAGGCCAAAGAUUUAGGUCCCAACUCCAUCCCGGCUCACUGCAAAGUCACAGUGAACGUGAUGGAUACCAACGAUAACCCACCUGUCAUCAAUUUGCUCUCCCUGAACACCGAGAUGGUGGAAGUUAGCGAGAACGCACAGCGUGGGUAUGUCAUUGCGCUGGUGAGGGUGUCAGAUAAGGAUUCCGGGGCAAAUGGGAAAGUGCAGUGCAGGCUUCAGGGCAACGUGCCGUUCCGACUGCAAGAAUAUGAAAGCUUCUCCACGAUACUGGUGGAUGGCCGACUGGACAGGGAACAAAAGGACACAUACAACCUGACCAUCCAAGCCGAGGACAGUGGCACCCCUCCUCUACGCGCCACGAAAUCCCUGGUGGUCAAAGUCACGGAUGAAAAUGACAACCCUCCCCACUUCCUCAAGCCUCACUAUCAGGAAAUGGUGAUGGAAAACAACCUCCCUGGUUCAUGUCUGCUCGCGGUAUCAGCAGAAGACCCGGACCUGGGGAUGAACGGCACCGUUUCAUACUCCAUAGUCCCCGGUGAGAUUAAGCACAUGGAUGUAAACACAUAUGUCAGCAUAAACCCAUCAGGCCGCAUCUACUCCAUGAGAUCCUUCGACCAUGAAUACACCAGGACUUUUGAUUUCAAAGUUUUGGCCAGGGACAACGGCAACCCCUCUUUGUCAAGCAACGCCACGGUGCGUAUCGUGGUGCUGGAUGUCAACGACAACACACCUGUGAUGACAAACCCCCCUCUGGUUAACGGCACAGCGGAGGUCUCCAUCCCCAGAAACGCCGGGGUGGGCUACAUGGUGACCCAGGUGAAGGCAGACGACUACGACGAGGGGGAGAACGGGCGGCUGACCUACACCAUCUCCGAGGGGGACCGGGCUUUCUUUGAGAUCGACCAGGUGAACGGCGAGGUGCGCUCCACCAAGAUGUUCGGGGAAAACGCCAAGGCCAACUACGAGAUCACGGUGGUGGCGAGGGACCACGGCAAGCCCUCCCUCUCCGCCUCGGCCUACAUCGUGGUGUACCUCUCGCCAGACCUGAACGCACAGGAGCCUAUCGGACCAGUCAACCUGUCCCUCAUCUUCAUCAUCGCUCUGGGCUCCAUCGCUGCCAUCCUGUUUGUCACCAUGAUAUUUGUGGCGGUGAAGUGCAAGCGGGAUAACAAGGAGAUCCGGACGUACAACUGCAGUUUCUUCUACUUGCGCAGGGUGGCAGAGUACUCAUAUGGCAGCCAGAAGAAGUCCAGCAAGAAGAAGAAGCUGAGCAAGAACGACAUCCGCCUGGUGCCACGAGACGUCGAGGAGACAGACAAGAUGAAUGUGGUGAGUUGCUCGUCUCUCACCUCCUCGCUCAACUACUUCGACUACCACCAGCAGAGCCUGCCGCUGGGCUGCAGGCGCUCCGAGAGCACCUUCCUCAACGUGGAGAACCAGAACUCACGCAAUGCAGCGCCCAACCAUGGCUAUCAGCACCCGUUCACUGGGCAGAGCCAGCAACAGCCAGACCUCAUCAUCAACGGCAUGCCACUGCCAGAGACGGAGAAUUAUUCCAUCGACGCCAGUUACGUGAACAGCAGAGCCCACCUCAUUAAAAGCACGUCGACAUUCAAGGACCUGGAGGGGAACAGUCUGAAGGACAGCGGUCAUGAGGAGAGCGACCAGACCGACAGUGAACACGAUGUCCAGAGAGGACACUAUGUUGACACGGCGGUCAAUGACGUGCUGAACAUGACUGUCCCCCCCAACGUUUGCCAGCUGCCCGACCAAGAUCCCAGCGAGGUCUUCCACUGCCAGGACGAGUGUCGCAUCCUCGGCCACUCUGACCGCUGCUGGAUGCCCCGUGUCCAAAUCCCACCGCGAGCCAAGUCGCCCGAGCACGGCCGCAAUGUCAUCGCUCUGUCUAUCGAGGCCACCACGGUGGACGUGCCCCACUACGAAGACGGCACCAUCAAGAGGACUUUUGCCACCUUCGGCAAGGAUGGACCCGAGGACGUGGAGCGGGGAGAGAUAAAGGGAAAGCGGACUCAGGAGUCUCAGGUGUGCAGCCCCAAGGCGAACGGAGGGGCUGUCCGCGAAGCUGGCAACGGGCGCGAGGCCGCCAGCCCCAUCACCUCCCCCGUGCACCUGAAGAGCCCGCUGUCCAAACCGUCGUCUGCCUACAACACGCUCAAAUGCCGCGACGCAGAGCGAAUCGCCAACCACAGCUUUCUGCGGCAGCCGGAGGGGAAGGACAGUGAGCCGGCGGUCAGGGAGAUCAACACGCUUCUCCACGAUGGCCGAGACAAGGAAUCCCCCAGCAGCAAGCGCCUGAAGGACAUAGUGCUUUAG